UCUAGAGAUAAAUGAAAAAAAUGGUGAACACUGGACAUUAAAUAUUCAUUAGGAAUUGUGUAGGUACUUAAAUGUCACUGUAUUGACUAUACGAUACGGAGUAUUAACGUCCUGGAGGUUGUUUUGUUAAUUGCACCAAAUGAAGUUGUGCUCUCGAGGAACUUUCCUCAUUAUGCAAAUUGUAUGUAAUUAUAAUUUAGGCUCCGCCCACUGCUGAGCAUCCCGCGAGCUGCGCUCCAAACUUUCACCUUCUCCUCUCUCCUUCAAAACUCCCUUUAACUUCGGCUGCUUUAUUUGUUCCUUGGUUAAAAUGACUGAGGCCAGAGAAAACGAAGAGGAAAUUCAGUUUCUGCGCACGGGGGACGAGGUGGUGUUGCAGAGCACCUUCAGCUCUGAGCAGGAGCAGCUGAAGUUGUGUCUGGCGGCUGAAGGCUUUGGCUGCAGACUCUGUGGUCUGGAGCCCACCUCUAACUGCAAGAAUGUACCACCGGACCUCUCUGUGUGUGUAUUUGUUCUGGCCCAGUGCCUCUCUGUCCGAGCCCUUCAAGAGAUGCUGGCCUCUAGGGAGGACCCCACCGCAGGGGCAGUCCCAGACUGUCAUCGAACACUGUUGUAUGGCCAGGCGGUGUUGUUCCGACAUUCAUACAGUGGCAUGUAUCUCAGCUGUUUGUCCUCUUCUCUGUCUUCAACUGAUAAGCUUGCAUUUGAUGUUGGUCUGCAAGAAGAUAAAGAAGGUGAGUCAUGUUGGUGGACUGUGCACCCAGCGUCCAUGCAGAGGUCAGAGGGCGAGAAGGUGCGUGUUGGAGAUGACCUCAUACUGGUCAGUAUCUCCUCAGAGAGAUACCUGCACCUGUCCUACGGCACUGCGCUGGACAACAGGCAGAGUGGUAGGGUGGUGGUGGACGCAGCCUUCCAGCAGACUCUGUGGAGCGUGGCGCCGGUCUGCUCUGCCGGUGGAGUGGCUCAAGGCACGGUUUACCCUCUUUUUUUUCUCCUUAUCACCGCCGACAGAACCAAACUUCUGAUUAACGAAUCAAUAAUCCCAGCGCGUUUCCCUGUUGCAGAACAUCUGCGGUCUGAAUAGAGCAAACUAAUUGCUCCAUCGCUAUUUCAGUAAAUUGGAAGACGAAAGAAAGAAGGAAAUCUCCUCCGUUAUAAUUAUGCAUUACACAGAGUUUGAUGAUGGCUUACUGAUGUUAUCCUUCCACUGAUUUUUCUCAUCAGUACUACUCUCAGAUAUUUAAUUAUUCAUCUUUACCUAUCGCAAUUAUAACUGCAGAUGUCACAUUAAACAGCUUUAUCCCAUUAUACGUGAGCUUUAGUCUGACUCUGGUCUCAGGUGGUACCUGCAGGCUACCUGGAAGCUUCAGUCUGACUCUGGUCUCUGGUGGUACCUGUUGGCUAACUGGAAGCUUCAGCCUGACUCUGG